CAAAACGUCUCCAGAACCACGGGCAAAACCAGGCCAGCUACCAGGAUAACAGCGCGAUUCAUUAUGAGGCGAUUUUGAAGGAACGGAAGCGUGCGAAGUAACCAAUGUCGCGCCCCAAAGAUGCCCCACCUUUGAGAAGGGGCGGUCUGCCCCGCAGGUUGAAGAAGACGUGUAACCAGCACCUCUCUCACCGCACGCAAAACUGCACUCAUUGCUCCCGACCAGCCGCUUGAUCGAACCUCGAACAUAGACUGCCACGCACUUUCGCUCACAGCUGUGAUUCCCUCGCCUUUAUCACGUCUUUGAUAUUUCUUUUCGCUCCCAAUUGACCUGGCUUCUUCGCUUUCCGAAGCUUUGACAACACGACGACGACCACCACCACCCACACCAUCAACAUGGCAGCUCCCUCUAUCCCCCCAGGCGGAACCUUCUUUGAUACCCUUGGCAAAAGCUUCGUGGACGUGCCAGUGGACAAGGCCAACGACAACGCCAUAUCCACGGAGGCAUUCCUCGAGGCCGCCGAGGCUCUCACCACUCUCUUUGAUGUCUUGGGAAGCGUGGCCUUCAAGCCUGUCAAGAGCGACAUGCUGGGAAACAUCAAGAAGAUACGGGAUCGCUUCCUUGCUGAUCCCGUCAACGGAGCCACGCUGCAAGGGCUGGUAAAGGCUGAGCUCGCCUCCAAGAAGCACACGGCAACAGAAGGCUUGCUCUGGCUCACGCGCGGCCUCCACUUCACUGCUCUCGCUCUCCGACAGAACCUAUCGAAUCCGAACCAAGAGCUCGCUGAUUCGUUCCGCUCCGCGUACACGGACACCUUGAAGCCUCACCACUCGUUCGUGGUCAAGCCCAUCUUCAGCGCGGCCAUGUCCGCCACGCCGUACAGGAAGGACUUCUACCAGAAGCUAGGGGGCGACGAGGCCAAGGUAAAUGCGGAGCUGGCCAAAUGGUUGGAGGCCUUGGAAGAGCAGGUCAAGAUUCUCAAUGAAUUCCUGGCACGCAAAGAAAGCAAAUGGUGAACUUGGCUACGUGUGGACGAUGGGCUCGAAACUUUUAUUUUCUGCGGGCAGGCCGAUUACUUCCAUUCUCCACCGAUGCUUUCGAGAAGCUAGAAGCAACUGUUGGUUUUCAGGUACGAAUAGUUUACGACGCAAGAGUCAAGACAGCAGAGCAACACUUUGCUAGAGUGAAUCGAAUGGCCGUUUCACUUAGAAUGAUGCAAGCGUGGUUUAUGCAAGUUAUUUGCGCUAGGAAUUCGUGAAGAAAAUCGUCUAGGAUUGUUUUCUAUAUAUGUGACGGUCGUGUUCGGUGCACAAUUACCCGCUUGCCUUA